CCGGACGCGCUUUUGUUUGUGGAUGAACACUCUAACCCGUUUCCGAGAUGUGGACAGAAAUUGGGAAAUUAUUAUUUUUUCAUGUUUUAGUUUGGGAAUUAUACUCCGCAAAAGGUACUGAAACUGGCGCUGAGACGGAGUGCGAGGAUGGACAGUUUCAGUGCAACAAUAAGAGAUGUAUUCCCACCAUAUGGAGAUGCGAUGAUGAUGAUGACUGCUCUGACAACAGCGAUGAGGAGAACUGCAUGAAGAACACAUGCGCUCCCUCAGAGUUUGCGUGUGCGAACGGUCAGUGUGUUCCUGGGCGCUGGCGGUGUGACGGAGAACCCGAGUGUCCGGACGGAUCGGAUGAGGCUGAUGCCACCUGCACAGUCAAACAGACGUGUCCACCAGAGAAGUUUGACUGCGGAGGGAAGUGUGUGUCGCUGUCCUGGCGGUGUGACGGGGAAAGAGACUGCGAAAAUGGUGAAGAUGAAGCGGACUGUGCAGCAGAUGCCAGGUCCUGCUCAGUGGGGGAGUUCCAGUGUCGUAAACGCAAAUGUUUAGCACCGGUCUAUGUGUGUGAUGGUGAUGAUGACUGUGGAGACGGCAGCGAUGAGGAGAAGUGCUCACCGCCCACCUGUGGGCCGCACGAGUUUCGCUGUAACAGCUCAGAGUGUGUGCCGCAGCCCUGGAUCUGCGACGGCGACCCUGACUGCGCUGACGGCUCUGAUGAGUGGGCGGGGCAAUGCGGGGGCGGGUCUGGACGGCCGGCUCCGCCCCCCACCCGGCGACUGCAGUGCGGUGCUGGAGAAUUUCGUUGCGGCAGUGGGGAGUGUGUGAAACUGGCCUGGAGGUGCGACAGGGACCCUGACUGCAAGGACAAGUCAGAUGAGGCCGACUGCCCUCUGCUCACAUGCCGGCCUGAUGAGUUCCAGUGCGGAGACGGAUCCUGCAUCCACGGCAUCAAGCAGUGCAACAAAAUACACGACUGCCUCGACAAAAGCGACGAGGCUGGCUGUGUCAAUGCCACAAAGUGUGAAGGACCUCUGAAGUUCCUCUGCAGGAAUGGAGAAUGCAUUGAUGGCAGCAAGGUGUGUGAUAAUGUGAAGGACUGCAAGGAUCGGUCGGACGAACCCAAGAAGGAGUGCAGUUUGAAUGAAUGUUUGCUUAACAAUGGAGGCUGCUCGCACAUCUGUGUGGACCGUCCCAUCGGAUACGAGUGCCAGUGUCCUGCUGGCUAUAAGCUUCUGGACAAGAGGACAUGUGGAGAUAUCGAUGAGUGUGAGAACCCUGAUGCCUGCAGUCAGAUCUGCAUUAAUCUGAAAGGAGAUUUCAAGUGUGAAUGUCACCCGGGUUAUGAGAUGGACCCCGUAAGCAAGACCUGCAAAGCUGAGGGAAAAAGCCCUUACCUGAUGUUCACGAACAGGCACGAGAUCAGACGCAUUGACCUGGUGAAGAGGGACUACACACAGGUGGUUCCUACUCAGAAGAACGCAGUGGCCAUUGAUAUCGACGUGAUCGCCAACCGCAUGUACUGGUGUGACCGUUUCCAGCACAAAAUAUACAGUGCUUACAUCCACGAGGCGAGCGACCCGUCUCGACACGUUACUCUGAUCGACUCCGAUCUGCAUUCCCCUGAGGGUCUGGCACUGGACUGGGUCCAGCACAACCUCUACUGGACCGACUCGGGCGACAGAACCAUCUCUGUGGCUUCAGCGGAUGGCAGCAGGAGACGCAUGCUGAUCAGCACCGAUCUGAGCGAACCACGGGCCAUCGCUGUGGAUCCAGAGAGAGGGUUCAUGUACUGGUCUGACUGGGGCACCAGGGCCAGGAUUGAGAAGGCUGGCAUGAACGGUGUAGAUCGGCAGGUGCUGGUGUCUGAGGACAUCGAGUGGCCCAAUGGAAUCACACUCGAUGUGGUUGGUAAGCGCUUAUAUUGGGUGGACUCAAAACUGCACCUGAUCUGCAGCGUGGAUUUAAACGGGGCCCAUCGCAGAGUCAUCCUGUCCUCCAGCGAGAGACUCGGCCAUCCGUAUGCCCUCGCUGUGUUCGAGGAUCACGUGUACUGGACGGACCGUGAGAAGGAGGCCGUCUACAGUGCAAACAGACUCACAGGACAGGAUGUGACCAGUCUUGCCGAGCACCUCAAUGACCCUCAUGACAUAGUGGUUUUCCACGAGCUGAGCCAGCCUGCGGUUCCUGACAGCUGUAACCUGAGCGGCGUGACUAACGGAGGCUGUGACUUCCUGUGUCUGCGAGCUCCUCAGAUCAGUGAACACUCACCCAAAUACACCUGCGCUUGCCCUGACGGCGAGGAGCUCAGCCCUGACACACGCCAGUGUGAUCACGUGUACUGGACGGACCGUGAGAAGGAGGCCGUCUACAGUGCAAACAGACUCACAGGACAGGAUGUGACCAGUCUUGCCGAGCACCUCAAUGACCCUCAUGACAUAGUGGUUUUCCACGAGCUGAGCCAGCCUGCGGUUCCUGACAGCUGUAACCUGAGCGGCGUGACUAACGGAGGCUGUUACUUCCUGUGUCUGCGAGCUCCUCAGAUCAGUGAACACUCACCCAAAUACACCUGCGCUUGCCCUGACGGCGAGGAGCUCAGCCCUGACACACGCCAGUGUGUACCCGUUCAAAAUGAGACUGCCGUCACACCUACUGUCCCCAUCAACAUCACCAAUGAGACAGGGCCUGGCCGGGCACCAGAGUCAUCUGCAGCAGUGACAUCUCAGUCCGACAGUAUGGCUGAAACCACUCUCUCAUCACUCCUCACCUCCAGCCCAGAAGAACCGGCCAUCUCCUCUAACACUACAGCAGAGCACAGCCCUACACAAGUGUCCAGCACCACACCAGACAGCCUGAGCAACCUGUCUCUUCACUCUGGCAAUGAGUUGUUUCUCCUUGGCCGUAAUCUGACAGUGGCAGUGCUUGGAGUUGUAAUUCCCAUAGUUCCUAUUGUUGCCACAGUGGUCUUCGGAGUGGUUUGUGCCGGCGUUUACCUCGUUUACCGCAACUGGAGGAGGAACAGCACCAAAAGCAUGAACUUCGACAACCCUGUCUACCGCAAAACCACAGGAGAGACAGAGGAGGACGAGAUUCACAUCGGUCGGACUGACAGGCUCGCUGGCCAUCACCACCCUUACCCCGGGCCCGUGGUCGGCAUGACGCCAGUCGGUACGGGGACGUGCCCACCAUUCAUCGCUCUGCCUCUUGGGACCGGUUUACCAGACCCUGCCACACACUGGUACACAGAGCAGCCCACCAUCUCUAGUACUAAGUGAAAGGGGAGGACGACUCUAGAAAUACUGUGACCGCAGGGAGCAGGACUGACACGUGGCUGCCAAGCUAUGCAGGAACUGAAUGGCAUUUAGCCAGCUGAAUCAUUCUUAACAUGCCCAGGUUUUGAAGUCCGCUGGAGUGCAAACGCUGGAUUGAUUACUAAACAAAAAGUUUAGACAUUUCAGACCCAUAUUCAUUUAGGUCCAUUUUAAGCAUCAUUUUAUUGCUGGUUGGAACCACCAGGGCAAGUCUUUUCAAACCUGCAUUAUUUAUAUUUAUCUUAUAAUUCUAGACAAAUCUAGCACUGUAACUGGCAUUGAAUUUACUACAUAAAUAUGGAAUCUAGUCUAUUAGACUAGAACUGUCCAGCACUAAAGCU